UGCAUGUCCCACUCCUCGAGCUCCGCCUAAUGCCUCCAGCCAAGCUGCUACCUCCUUGGGAGUGGCAGCUAAUAGAAUGCGAUAUAUCUUUUGUGCAAGUCACAAAGCAUGCUCCAGAGAUUGAAAUUCAAAUGCAUUUCCGGGAACUCCAGUACAAAUAUUCCUGCACGGAGUUCUACACAGAUGCAUCGAAGUCACACGACGGGGUGUCCUAUGCAGCCGUCGGUCCAUCCUUCUCGGAAUCCGACGUACUACAUCCGGAAACCAGUAUCCUUACAGCUGAGGCCUACGCACUCUUGUCGGUUGUAAAGCAUAUAAAGAAAUCACAACUCCAGAAAUCAAUUAUAUAUACGGACUCCCUCAGUGUUGUGAAGGCCUUGAUGUCUUUCUGUAAUCACAAAAAUCCAGUAUUUAAUGAACUCUACUCCGCACUGUGCAAAGCAUAUAUAUCUAACCAACAUGUGAUCAUAUGCUGGGUGCCUGGACAUAGGGGCAUCGAGGGAAACGUUCUAGCCGACCAGAUGGCCACAUCAAUUUCAUUGCAUGCAGUUAAUCCUACUGCUUCGGUCCCUGUCACAGACCUGAAGCCUUUCUUAAGAAGGAAACUACGAAACAACUGGCAACGCAUGUGGGACGAAGAAAUAAAUAAUAAACUGCAUGUAAUAAAGCCACAAUUAGGUUUCUGGUCUCCUGUAACAAAAUCCCGCCGGACAGACGUCCUAUUCUGCCGUCUAAGAAUAGGACACACUUUUGGCACACAUAACUUUUUACUUACGGGAAACGAGCGUCCAACCUGUGGUAGAUGCGGGGAGAGGCGGACCGUCCUCCAUGUCCUACUGGAGUGUCGGGAAGCCGAAUCUGAAAGAAGGAAACAUUUUUUCUUAGCAUUCCGGCAACACAUCCCCCUUCAUCCUGUUAUGUUACUUGGCCCAGAACCACUCUUUGACACCGACGCCUUCCUAGGUUUUUUAGAAGAUGUUGUAUUGCAUGUUAUUAGCCCCACACGUUCGUAGCGCUUCCUCUCUUCAGAGGAUGCCGCUGUGAUAAUUAUUCUGAAUAGCACAUGCCUCUAGGCCCUUGUGGUUCAAGGGCUCUGGCGAGGCAGUAGUGCUGUUAACAAUUUAACAUCUCGCAUAUUUUAAACAACGCAUCAUUCUUCUACGAUGGAUUUUGAUGUUCAUUGUAUUCAUCAUUAGACAUCGCCAUAAUUUUAUAGCACGUAUAUUUUACGCACUUCACAGCGACUAUUUUUAGGCCACUUUACAGCCAAGUCACAUCUUCCAUAAUACAUCGUUAACACUACCACUUGUCAUGGCGCUCUUUGGCCAAACCUGGCCCUUGCGCCACAAAACACCACACAUCAUCAUCAUCUUCACAAAAGUGGAAUGGGUGAAAAAAAAAAUACCUACUUAGGGUGAGCAACAUCGGCCAGUUUUGAUGCAAGAUGCCGUCCAAACAUAUUCAUUUUUUCACCCCAGCUUCACUCCUGGCUGCCAGUGCUCCAGACUUGAUAAAGUGAAGGAAGAAAUCUGAAAAGACGGCCAAAAAUGAUUGUAUUACAAUGUGCAAAUAAGAUGCUUUGUUUCUUUUUCCUAAUGGCAAACUUUGACCUUGUGGCGUUAAAAACUAUGCCCUACCAGCCUUAAGGAGCGUCCACGUUACCGGCACGGCAACUCGCCGGACGCCAUUUGCCGUUCGCGGUCCGCCGUGCGACGGCGGUCUUGCUCUCGAACGGCGAGAUUUUCUUGCCGUUCGGAGGAUUCAAUUCAAUUCACUUUAUUUCCAGAAUUACAAGUGUUCUGGUGGAUACCAAAGGCUAAAAGCUGUUGGAAAACAGCUUGACUAGGCCGAUGGUCCAUUACAAGGCAUACAUGGUAGUUGCAUCAAAAUUGUAACAUUGUUAGACACUCAGAAUAAAUUAAUUACAUAAAUGCACAAUAACAAGACCGAAAAUAAUAUAAAGACUAAGAGAAAAGACAUAAUUGAUACAUCAGAAAAAUGGAAGUAUGUGUGUAAGGGUUACUAACAAAACUAAUACAAGUCGCUCUGAUGUAGAGAGUAGAUAAUACAGACUAAAAUAUGAAAAAAACAUUCGAUACACCAGAAGAUAGAAAUACAUGUGUAUGGGUUACAAAAUCAGUAAUACGUACAGUUGUCUCUGAAAGAACGAUAAACAAUCACUGAUCACAUGUUUACAAAAUGCAUUCGCAGUUCCUUCGGUGAAGAGGUAUAUGUACCUUUAUAUUUAUUUAAAAUAUGUGGUAGAAUAUGUUUUAAUGACUGUAGGCUAUAUUUAUUACGAAACCACGGGACAUACCAUGUAUCACUAUUUCUUGUAUUGGAAGAAUUGAAUUUUGGUGCCAAAGAUGCAGGCAAAUGGGACGAGGACCCAUUUGUGCGGCUGCCGUACGGCGACGUGGCCAAUCAGCGACCGAGGAGUGGUUGCCAUGGCUACCGUCACCGCGCCGCCGCUUGAGUUCCCGCGCUUGGCACCGUCUGCUAGGGUCCAUAUUUGUGUGUGUACGCUCUCGAUAAACACAAAUGGAAUUCCCGAUCGAGAGAUUUUUCGAAGUCGUGCGGCAGUAUCCGUUUUUAUAUGAUAAAACAAAGCCCGAAUACAAAGACACGAAAUCGAAAAUGAACAGGUGGCACCUAAUCGGAAAGGAAUUUGCAAUAACAGGUCAUCAGGCUAUGAUGAAGUUCAGGCAUGCGAGAGAUCGCUGGAACAAAAUAUGAACGGAGCAAGAUCGCACAGCGCGAAGGGGCGCUGGAGGCAGCGCUGCGAACAAGACUCCCAAGUGGGCGCUGUAUGGUAUCGUCGAUAGCAUACUGAGGGGCAUAGUCCACUACUACGAGAGGUAACUUUCAGCGUACAUUUAUCGCUAUUGCCUGGUCAUGCAGAGCUACGCGACGGCGCGCUGUUGACUCGUUCCCCAGUUAUGUUUUACAGCGCUGUUGUGUACACGUAGAAAAGGCAGUGCGCGCUGUCCGGAGUCGCUGCAUGCUUGUUUUUCAAUCAGCUGUUGCUUACGCUUUUUCACGCCUCUUCUUUUUUCUCUCUCAGGGCUUCCAAUAAUAUACCGGAGCCAGAACAAAGGUACCUGGUAACCAGCGACGAUAUAUGUAGCACACUUGUUUAAGAUUACAAUGAAUAAAUGACCAUUUUAUGUU